GUUCUGUUCUGCGGAUCUUCCUUCGCCUCUUCCGAUUCCAAUGACUUUCCUCUCUGUUUCUAAGCGUUUCCAUUUGAAGCUGAGUCGUGGUGUCUAUCCCAGAAUCUCAGUCCCUUUGCAUUUCUUCAGUACCACCCAAGAUUUAAAGCCACCUCAACAGCAACAACAAGUGGCCAGCACCCAGAGAACCCCGCGAGGUAAGACUCGAAACCCUGAGAAAAUAGAGGACAUCAUUUGUAGAAUGAUGGAGAACCGGGCUUGGACCACCCGCUUACAGAACUCCAUCCGUGCUUUAGUCCCUGAAUUCGACCAUUCACUAGUUUAUAACGUUCUACAUGGUGCUAAGAACUCCGAACAUGCCCUCAACUUCUUCCGGUGGGUGGAGCGGGCUGGAUUGAUCCGCCACGACCGUGAAUCCCACAUGAUGAUUAUUCAGAUUUUAGGCCGAGCUUCCAAGCUGAAUCAUGCCAGAUGCAUACUUCUAGACAUGCCCAAAAAGGGCGUUGAAUGGGAUGAGGAUUUCUUUGUUCUUAUGAUUGAUAGUUAUGGGAAAGCUGGUAUAGUUCAAGAAGCUGUCAAAAUUUUCCAGAAAAUGGAGGAGUUGGGUGUGGACAGGACUAUCAAGUCUUAUGAUGUUUUCUUUAAGGUUAUACUGCGACGUGGUCGAUAUAUGAUGGCCAAAAGGUAUUUCAAUAAGAUGUUGAGUGAAGGGAUAGAGCCUACUCGUCAUACCUAUAAUAUCAUGCUUUGGGGAUUCUUUUUGUCGCUGAGACUCGACACUGCUAAUCGGUUUUAUGAAGAUAUGAAGACUAGGGGCAUUGCACCUGAUGCUGUGACGUAUAAUACAUUGAUUAAUGGAUAUACUCGGUUCAAUAGAAUGGAGGAAGCUGAGAAGUUGUUUGUAGAGAUGAAGGCGAAGAACUUAGCCCCUACAGUAAUCAGCUACACUACCAUGAUAAAGGGGUAUGUUGCAGUGGAGCAAGUUGAUGAUGGGUUGAGAUUGUUUGAAGAGAUGAAGUCAUUUGGUAUAAAGCCUAAUGCAACAACGUAUUCAACUUUAUUGCCAGGGCUGUGUGAUGCGGGCAAAACAAAUGAGGCUAAGACUAUUUUGAAGGAGAUGGUGGAGAGAUAUAUUGCACCCAAGGAUAAUUCAAUUUUCAUCAAGCUGUUAAAUAGUCAAUGCAAAUCCGGUGAUAUGAAGGCAGCUUCUGAUGUGCUCAAGGCAAUGAUUCGAUUGAGUAUUCCAACAGAGGCUGGUCAUUAUGGUGUCUUGAUUGAGAACUUUUGCAAGGUGAAUGAGUUUGAUCAGGCAAUCAAGUUGCUGGAUAAGCUUGUUGAGAAGGAAAUUGUGUUGAGGCCAGAAAAUUCUUUCGAGAUUGAAGCUAAUGCAUAUAAUCCAAUGAUUCAGUAUCUAUGCCACCAUGGUCAGACAGGAAGAGCUGAAGUCUUUUUCCGCCAAUUGAUGAAGAAGGGUGUUCUGGAUCCUACUGCAUUUAAUAAUUUGAUCCGUGGGCAUGCAAAAGAAGGUAAUCCUGGUCUCGCUUUUGAAAUUAUAAAGAUCAUGGGUAGGAGAGGGGUGCCUAAAGAUGCGGAUGCUUACAAAUUGCUCAUUGAAAGCUACUUAAGGAAAGGUGAGCCUGCUGAUGCUAAAAUGGCAUUGGACAGUAUGAUCGAGGAUGGGCAUCUUCCUGAAUCUGGCAUAUUCAAAUCGGUGAUGGAGAGUUUGUUUGAAGACGGAAGGAUUCAAACUGCAAGCAGAGUUAUGAAGAGCAUGGUGGAGAAGGGAGUGAAGGAGCAUAUGGACUUGGUGUUUAAGAUCCUGGAAGCUCUCCUCAUGAGAGGUCAUGUUGAAGAAGCCCUUGGACGGAUUGAGCUACUGAUGCAAAAUGGGUGUGCAACCAAUUUAGAUAGCCUUCUAUCCAUUCUGUCCGAGAAAGGCAAGACUAUUGCUGCUCUCAAGUUGUUAGAUUUUGGUUUAGAGAGAGACUGUAACAUAGAUGUUUCAAGUUAUGAGAAGGUGUUGGAUGCUCUCCUGACUGCGGGGAAGACUCUCAAUGCAUAUUCAAUACUGUGCAAAAUAAUGGAGAAAGGAGGGGUCACUAACUGGAGUAGCCUCGAGGAUUUAAUCAAGAGCCUUAACCAGGAAGGGAACACAAAGCAAGCUGAUAUACUCUUUAGAAUGGUCAAAGUGAGUGAGACAGCUAGUGGAAACAAGAAAGCGUAGAAACAAGCAGCUAUUGCUAGUUUGAUUAUCUUUUCAUUAGAAAACAAAGCUCUUUUGUAUUGUGAGAAUGUUGAUCAUGAAAUGUGGAUUAUUUGUUUCAUUCAACUGUCAUUUUUAA